AUGGGUACCCGGGUACCCGGCUUGUGGCUUCCGUCAGUGGUCUUGAGGAUAGUCCCCACCUCGCUAUAUAUACCUGAUGUUUUUCACGUGCAGCGCCAGUUUACCUUUAAGAAAUCGCGCUGUGAUUCUUGCGGCCCAGCUGUGAUCAGUGGAUACCUCAAGACGAGAACCGCAAUAAUGAAGACAUUGAUGGUUAUCGCAGCACUGUGUGCUGUGUCUAAAGCACAAUUUCCAAAUGGAAGGAUUUUAGAGCCUCCUGUACCAGCUUUGUGCGCUCAGAGAGUCAUACACGAAAGAACACCUGACGGCAAAGGUUACUUUUUCAGUUGGAGAGAUCCAGCAACAAAGAAUACAGAGUUGGACUGGUUAGAUGGCAGAAACUUUUGCCGAAAACGAUGUAUGGAUCUAGUUUCUUUAGAAACCAGUGCUGAAAAUGAGUGGAUUAAGAAACAUAUCGUCGAUGAUAAAGUAAAAUACAUCUGGACGUCAGGCCGGCUGUGCGACUUUGCAGGCUGCGAAAGGGCCGAUCUACAGCCUCCCAGGGUGAACGGGUGGUUCUGGACGGCGGUGCUUCAGAAACUGGCGCCCACUACCAGGAGGGACCAAAACGACUGGAGUGAAUCAGGAGGCAUUGGCAGACCACAACCCGACAACAGGGAGGAAAUCCAAGGUGGAGCGCCAGAAAACUGUGUUGCGGUUCUGAACCAAUUCUACAAUGACGGUAAGGCUGGGUAUUGCGUAAUGUAGUCUUCCGGAUAUAGUAGAAGUGGGGGGGAGUCAAAGCCUGGAAACAACUGCGGCUUUGACACCGUUUUAUCAACACUGUACUACUCCACGUGCCAUCUACUGAUAACUGACUGACAAUUGAAAAAAAAGACAAGACAAUAUAAAUUUGAUACCAGAAAUGGCGAAGUUCAGUUUUCAUUAUUAGAACAAUUUCUGGUCUUCCACUUGAUCCAAAAAUAGUACUAAACUAACGUAUCACUGUAAAGAAAAAAUAAUGAUUAUAUUACAUUUAGCGUCAGAAAAGUUUUGAACGGCAGUUUAUGUAUACCCGAAUAUCUAGGCACACACGCCAAUGAGAUGACGAAUCAUAUAAAAGAUUUGCUCCAGUCCAGGAUAAAUUCUUACGCUAUCUUAAAAUUACUUAUCUCAUUAAUUCUUGCCAAACUAUACGAGCAGUUAUUUAUUCGUAUCCUUGGUAAAUACCAGAUUAUGAAUAAGUGACGGACAUGAUAACAUCAUAGCAAUCUUUGUCUGAAAUAAGUAUUAUGACCAUCGAGAGGAAGAGACAAGGCCUGCUAAGUCCAAAAACACCGGGACCGAAACCAUCUUUUCUUCUGCAGCUACGAACCAUGACCAAAUUAAAUCUCAAGUAUCGAACAAGGCCUACAUUGUCUUUUGAGAAAUAUACACCUGUAUUCCAAACGGCACUGUGGUAGCUAAUGCGUCUUUUUUGAAGUUUGAAGGUAGACAAAGGCAAAAGCCUAGAUCAUGAUAACCUUGCUGUGGUCAGUAACAUAAGUGCCCAGACAAGAGUGUAAGGAGGUAGAACUCUGAAUACAGUGUUACAAUUGACUCUCAACCCCCUACUAGCACCUACCAGUGCAAAUGCAUUAGAAGCGAUAAUGAAGUAUCUGAUACCUCUGCGAAGGCAAGAACUAGUCAUAAAGACCAUAGUUUGAAGGAAGAGUGGGGAGCAAUGAAUGAUCCGAGAUGCGCACCCUGUUUCGAUGCGUCAUUCCAGAUUUUCAAAAAAGGUCAUUUUGCUUACUCAAAAAGGACUAUAGGAAUGACAUAUUUUAUUUUUAUGAUUAUCCUAUCCAUACCUUCAAUUCUACUAUUUUUGGCACUAUAUUGCAUUUCUGCAAUUUUCAGGUGUCAACUGGCAUGAUGUGGCCUGUCAUCACGUGAAACCUUGGGUAUGUGAAGAAAACGAAGACUUGCUGAAAUAUGUUCGCUACACAAACUCAAACUUACAAAUUUAGAUAAAUAAGAUAUAAAUGAAAUAGUUGAAAAAUCACUGAACUAAUGGAGAUUCUGGAGAUUUAUUUUCAAUAAGUACAAACGAGACUGUACACUCAAAGAAAUGUCCCAAUUUCUGUGCAUAUACCAAUAUUUGUCAUUAUAAGGUUUUAUUUAUUUCAGCUUAGUGACUUAAUUUAUAAUAAAGAG